UCGCUGGCAGGAAGAUGCAUAGGAAGUUUCCAACAAGUGUUGGCACCGUGGGCUCCGCUCUAGACCGUUAGUACCAGUUGCCAGGCUCAGCUUGUGCUCACUUCUCGCCUCCCUCCCCAGCCCACAUGUAAUCCGAAACCUCACAUCUCCAGAACGACCAACAACAAAAAAAGCGCUCAGGCAGAGACAGCAGCUGGCUGUCAGCAGCAGAGUGGAGAGGAGCCAAGCGAGGACAGAACCCCAAGCCAGAGAGGGGCAGGAUGCGGGGAGAGAGACCUGAAGUUUAAGAAGACAGAAAAACAACAACAGGAGGUGGAGGACAGUCCCGCGGCACUGUUGGGAUGUGGAUCAGUCAAAAUUCACAAUAUCACCAUACACCACCAGCCCUGGAAACCAGAAAUGUGACAUGAGUAUUACACAAGGGUGCUAUGAUAAUGGAAGCACUCACAAGGCGGCUGCUGCUGCUGGAGCUACAAGAAACCUUAAAAGGGAGCGUGUGUUGCGUUACACAGGGGAAGAUAAUUUCGUAUACAGAAUGCAGCAUCGUGUGCAUGAUUUGGGACACACAUUCUCAGUGUAACACAACUUGGACAGUGCUGGCCAGGAUGUCUUCAGAAGGCUUUCUGAAGGAAGUACAGACCAUUGGUGAGAAGUUCCUGCUUAAGCUCCAGAAGCUACCCAAGGCUGAACCUGUGGAGAUAGUGUCAUUUUGUAUUAUCCUCUUCUUUAUUGUUACCGUGCUGUCACUGAUGACCCUAGCCUGCAGCUGUUGCUGCUAUCGCUGCUGCUGCAACGGAAGCCCUGAUCGGAGAGGCAGGAAGAUCCAGAUCCAGCCAACUGCUCAUGUGUGAAAUGCAUCAGGAGAAGACAGUGAAAGAGGACAUAGGCAGCCACUGUGGCUGAAUCGCCUGGGAAUGACCCUCUCUACACUAACCCUCUGAACGGGCUGGUGGGAGUGAAUGAGAAUACGCUGCAGAGGUAGGGUGACCAGAUGUCCUGUUUUUAAAGGGACAGUCCCAUUUUUGGGGGACUUUUUCUUAUAUAGGUGCCUAUUACCCCUAACCCCGAUUUUUCAUAGUUGCUCUCUCCUAACCCCAUGCAGAGGAGGAAAGUGGAUCAUAAGAUGGACUAGGUUGUUCUGCAAUGAUCACUGUCUGGGUCUGUGAUGUGGCCACAUAAGUAACACUAUUCUGACAUCCUUGUCUCCUUGCCAUAGAAAGACACAAAACCAGACUUUUCCCAGUGUGAACGUUGCAGCUGGACUGGCAGAAAAUUCCAACAGGCUCUCUUUGUGAGCAAAGAGCAGCAAACCAGACAAAGACCACAUGCAGACUGCCCCAGGGUUAGGAAGGUCCCCUGCUCUCUUGAUAAAUGACCUAAUCCAGUGAGGUGGUGCUGGGCACUAGCAACUCCGACUGUCAUCACUGGAGAUAUUCAUUACCAGCACCCCUCAGGAUCAAGCCCAAAGCAAGUAUGGCUUUUCCUUCCCUGUCCUACUCUCUUUAAAACCAUGAGUAAUAGAGUACAUGAAAUUUAACAGAGCCAUCCACUUACAGCACAGCAUGACAUGAACUUUCAGCUGGCAUGUGAGCUCAGAGACUGGAAGUACAGUUGGCAUCAAAUGCUCCCUGCUUUUAUUUUCUCAGUGUUACAAAGACAAGAAAACUGCCAAAGAGGAAAACAAUUAGACUAUGUGCAAUAUCCAUCAUACACUGAAGGAUGAAGGCAAGAGGGGAAAACCCCAACACAAACUGUUUUGUUUGCUUGCCCUGCCGGUAAUCAUUUUUUUAAAAAAAGCUUUUUAUUUAGAUCCUUCUCUUCCAUGAAAAAAAGUGUUGCCUUUUCUGCAUAUUGCAGGGUGAAUGUUCAGUACAGUGCAUGGGGCACUGAAGCAGAUGUACAAAUCCCUAUUAUUAUUCAUGGGAGUGGCAUGCCUAGCUCCCUGCACUAAAAAAGGCCGAUGUGUAGUUUAUAUUAAUGGCAGCAAAUGUUUAAGGUAUAUUUAUACACACAUGUAUUUCAGAGAGAGAAUAUACAGUGAGGGCAGUGUUAAUUCAGGACAUACGUGCAGCAGCUGAGAGAUGGCAUCAUGACAAGUGGUGGAGCAAACUGGAGCCGAGCAAACUGUACCGCUAAAGCUAACAAGUGCAAAUAAAUACCUUUUCAACACUGCAGCCACUGUGUAAAUUUGGUUUAUAUUCCAGUGAACUUCAAAAGGAAGUUACAUGUGUGUAAAGUCUGCAGCAUUGGACCCGACAUUCGUAAUUAAGGGUAGGAAAGGAGAAGAAAAACUACUCCCCUUUCUCAGUAAUCCGUUAGUUAAAAGGGGUUUAAUGUUUAAACCUGAAAGCAAUUAUGCCACAAUAUGAACUGAUCACCUUUAAGAGAAAUUAAAACAAGCCCAUUCGGACUUAUGAGAGUGUAAACAAAUCAUCUUCUACUCCCAUUUUGCAUUUUUACUACGAUUGAAACAGCCAAAUGGACUAAUACACAUCUACAGUGCCAGAGUUCAGCUACGGGUGGGCUGAGUUACAAAGCUUUGAAUAUGGUGCUUUUUUAACACUUGCUGACACUUCUGUAAAAAGGGGCAAUGAAAAGAGGAAAAAUAUUUAAAAGAAUCCCUUAGCUAAAUUGCUAAGAGCACCCUAGAUUAACAACAAUAUCCUCUGUGUGUGUGUGUACUGUGACAGACCCAGACCAGUGGGGUACAGGAGUCUGGUAGAGGGCAAACAUACUGGUCACUGGAUGAGUAGUUUUCUGUUCCCUGAGUGACCA